AAAGUAGCAGAAAAGAGGCGGUGGUUGGUACAGUGGUAACUGCAGAUGGAGAUGGAGGUUUGUCAGAGUUUGCCUCUGGACUGUCUGAUCAGUGUUUUCGCCCUUCUUCAGGAUGAAGAUUUACUGACUGCGUCUGUCGUUUGUAAGGAAUGGCACUAUGCGGCAGAGACCCCGUGGUUGUGGAGGAGAAUGUGCCUGCAGAGAUGGAGUUUCUGCAACGUUUCUCAGCUGCUCUCAGACACUGGGAUGCCCUCAUGGAAAGGUUAUUUCCAGCGGCGCUCUCACCUGGAGAACAAAAUGAAAACGGGCAGGUCAACUGCAGACUACACCUGCAAAAGCCUUCGAGGACACAAAGGCAGAGUUGUUGGUUUUGCAUACCUGGCUGGAAAUGAUGGUUGCUCAGAUGUGUGGACCUGCACACCAGUUGUUUGCAGUGCAUCAACAGAUGGCACAAUCAAAGCAUGGGACAUUCAGAAGGGAGUUAAUUUAUGGACAAGCCCUGUCCAAGACCCCUUGCAGGACAUGACAGUGGACACGGUGCAGUCUGUUAUCAUCACUUCUGACAGCAAAGGAACCAUCAAAACCUGGAAGGGUGCAACCGGAGAGGAGCAGGCCUGCUUCAACUCAGGCUUCUCCAGAAGCACUCUGCUGGCGUUCAGCAACAAAGACGACAGCUCUUUCCUCAUGGUGGGAAGUAUUUUGGGGUCUCUGCUGGUGCUGUCGCUGCCUGCUCUGUCUGAAGUCUCUCGGCAUGUGGUGUGUGACUCCUUCAUGCUAAACCUCCUUCUCUCAGCGCCUGAUAAAAAGUGGAUAUUCGCUGCCUCCAAAGAGAAUUUUGACUUGAGCCCAAAGGUUUUCUAUAGUGACAGUGUGUGUAACCCUGAUGAGGACAGUGUGUGUUGUAGUCUGCCAGUCACCGGCUGCUGUGCUGCAGUGUUUCUCCCGUCUCAAGCUGCUCGGCUUGCGGUCAUUCACUCUGACGGCCUCUUCAGAAACAAAACACUCUCCGUCUUUGAUUUGACCAUGAAGGAGUCCAAAUACAAAAGGGAACCUCACGCUCAGCAAGUUGCAUCUUUUCAGGUUGAUCUGAGCCAUCGUUCAGACGUCAUUCUGCAGGCCAGAGGGAGCAGCACUGUUCUGCUCGCAGACGGAAACCAUCUGAAGGUCUACACCAUUAAAGGGGAACUCGUAGCUAGUUUUGAAGAUCAUUUACAGCCAAUCACUGCUCUUUGUGUGGACAGUUUUAGGGUGGUGACAGCGUCUCGAGACCUGUCUCUCAGAGUACUGACCUGGAGAACUGACCCCGAACACGGCCUUAGCCUGGAGAGCCAGUAUCACCUGCUCGGAGGAUCCCACACCAGAUCCAGAGGAUUCACCAACGUUGCCUGUGAUUAUUCGAGUAUUGUGGCGUCUGUGGAGUCGUUGGAUGGGAAGGACGUCCUGAAGGCUUAUACCUUUGAUUUCUGACCUCAAAACCAACAAAUGUAUUUACAUCUCUUUAUAACUCACUGACCAGUUUCAUCUACAACAUGAUCGUGCCUACAGUUUUCCUGCAUUAAUUAGACAAUUUGGUCCCACUUUAUAUUAAGUGGCCUUAACUAAUAUGUACUUACAUAGGAAGUAAUAGUUUGCUACAAUGUACUUGUGCUUGAUUAAAUACCCGUAUGUAAUUACAUCUGUAAUUAACUUUUGUAAUUAAAUUGUAAAUACACUGUUGACCAUCCCUUAUACCUUAACCCACCCUUAAACCUACCCAUGCCACCAAACCUGUUCAUAACCCAACCUCUAUCCCAACUCAAAAGCACCACAAGUGUUCACAAAUACAUUAUAAACACAGUAAGUACACUGUAUUUAUUUUUUUGAUGCAAGUACAUAGUAGUUAAGGACACUUAAUAUAAAGUGGGACCGACAAUUUAAACACUUAAAAAAAAA